AUGGCAUCCCUUUCCCCUUGUAUAGCUUCAGUAAAGCUGCUAGUUUCCAUAUGCAUGACUUUACUGUUGACGACAGCCUCAGCUGCCAAUUUCUUUCAAGACGUCGACAUCACCUUUGGUGAUCUACGAGCCCAGAUAUUGAACGGAGGCCAUCUUCUCACACUAUCUCUAGACAAUUACUCGGGUUCUGGUUUUCAAACCAAGAAUGAGUACUUAUUUGGAAGGUUCGACAUGCGAAUCAAGCUUGUUCCUGGCAACUCAGCUGGCACUGUCGCCACAUUUUUUUUAUCUUCUCAAGGGUCAGCUCACGACGAGAUCGAUAUUGAGUUCUUGGGAAACUUGUCUGGGCAGCCGUACACAUUCCACACAAAUAUUUACGCACUAGGGAAAGGGGACAAAGAAGAACAGUUUCGUCUUUGGUUUGACCCCACAACAGCCUUCCACAACUACACAGUCGUUUGGAACUCUCAACGUAUCAUUUUCUUGGUGGAUAACAUUCCAAUAAGAGUAUUCAGCAACAACGAAGCUGUUGGUGUUCCCUUCCCCAACAACCAGACGAUGCGGUGUUAUGCGAGCCUAUGGGACGCCGAAGACUGGGCAACACAGGGUGGCCGAGUGAAGACCAAUUGGACACAAGCCCCUUUUACAGCAUCCUAUAUGAAUUUCAAUGCCAACGGUUGUGCUAAUUCGUCUGGGUCAUCGUGUGGGUCUACGUCCAAGGAUACUUUAGGCUCUCAAGCAUGGCAAACUCAAGGACUUGAUGCUAAAGACCUUAACAGACUUCGAUUGGUACAACAGAAGUACAGGAUUUACUACUACUGCGAUGACCUACAAAGGUUUCCACAAGGCCUUCCUGCUGAAUGCAAGCUUUCACGUUUCCUAUAA